AUGUCCAACAACUCAGCACUCUUCUCCUCUGACUGUGCUACUUCCAGCCAAGUGACUGUAAAUGUGGCCAUCACGUACCUUUUCUUCUUCUUGUUCCCUGUUGCAUUACUGCUCAAUGGGAUAGCAGCGUGGGUGUCUUUGCAUCUCCCGUCCACCUCCACCUUCAUAGUGUAUCUCAAAAACCUGGUGGCUUCUGACCUGCUCCUGACACUGACACUACCAGUGACAGCAGCUAGCAUGCUACCUGAAGCGGCAGUUGAGUUAAGGAUUUUUGCUUGCCGUUACUCUUAUGUAAUUUUCUACUGCUGUUUGUACACAAGUAUUGCUUUAAUGGGUCUUAUCAGCCUUGACCGCUUUUUCAAAAUUGUUAGACCAUGUGGAAAAAUGUUAGGACAAAACGUAAUCUUCAGUCUUGUAAUGUCCACCUUGGUUUGGAUGGGUUUAUUUGGCUUUACAGUCAUCCCAACUAUCAUUCUGACUGACCAAACUCCUGUUAAUAUAACAGGAGAUUUCUGUAUAUCCCUGAAAAGUCUAGCUGGUGUGACGAUUCACAAGAAUGUGGUUAUUUCUAUGGAGAUUCUUUUCUGGCUUGUCAGCAUACUGAUUGUGUUUUGCUACAUCUGCAUCACUCUGAAAGUCCUACAGUCCUUCCAAAAAUCUGGGAGCAACAACAGCCAAGGAAAGAACAAGACUAAGCUACGAGUCUUCUUGAUCCUUUUUGUGUUUUUUGUGUGUUUUGUGCCUCUUCACGUUAUGCGUGUUCCAUUCACACAAUACGAAAUCUUUGGCAUUGAGGGCUGUGCUCAAAUGUGGGUGGUUAUAGUCCAAAAAUUUUUCCUGUGGCUCUCUACAACUAAUGUCUGUCUGGACCCUCUUCUUUACAUUUACCUGUGUAAGGAGUACAGAGACAAACUGGUUGACAUAAUGAAAGCUAAAGGGAUCUGUGUUGGGUUAUACUCAGGUGAAAGAGGGGAGACUUCAGCAAAUGUUGGAUGA